AAUCCCCACCACACCAUUCCCAAUUUUUCAUUUUGAUGUCGGAUACAAUUGCUCAUCGCCAAUCCCCAUAUCUUCAUACACUAGUAGUAUAUUGACUCUAAUUAGAUCUCCCGCAUAAAUUCACACUCCACACCCUUUUCUUAAAACAAUUGACCACCCAGCCAUCGGAACUAUGUCGGAGAGCUCAACCCGAUCCAAGGCUGACCUCGCGGCGUCUCUGCGGCGCGCUUGGUACCAUUUGAGGCUGUCGGUUCGUGAUCCCACUCGGGUGCUCACUUGGGACGCCAUCGUUUUGACGGCAGCUAGCCCUGAGCAAGCCCAACUCUACAACUUGCAACUCACCCGCGCCAAGCGAAUGGGCCGCAUUGCCCCAUCUACCGUCACUCUCGCCGUUCCUGACCCCCACGGCCACCGCAUCGGCUCCGGCGCCGCAACUCUUAAUGCCAUUUUCGCUCUCGCCAAUCACCUCUCUGUCAUCGCUUCUGCGGACUGCAGCUCUACCUCUUCAAUCUCGAACAGCUCUAGUGGAAUUCCACUUCCUUCCCUUGUUGAAAUCAUAAAAAAGAAGCAUGUCUUACUCCUUCACGCUGGAGGAGACUCUAAGAGGGUUCCAUGGGCUAAUCCUAUGGGGAAGGUUUUCCUUCCGCUUCCGUAUCUGGCGGCAGAUGAUCCUGAUGGUCCAGUACCCCUGCUCUUCGAUCAUAUACUUGCAAUUGCUUCUUGUGCAAGACAAGCUUUUCGGGAUGAAGGCGGGAUGUUCAUAAUGACUGGGGAUGUUCUUCCUUGUUUUGAUGCUUUCAGCAUGGUUCUUCCUGAAGAUACAGCCUCUAUUAUUACUGUUCCUAUAACUCUUGACAUUGCUUCCAACCAUGGGGUUAUUGUGGCAUCCAAAUCUGAGUCAACAAAUGAUUACGGUCAUGUCCAGUUGGUUGAUAAUUUGCUUCAAAAGCCUAACUUUGAGGAACUUGUCACUCACCAAGCAAUCCUUGACGAUGGAAGAACGCUACUUGACACUGGAAUUAUAGCUGUCAAAGGUGAAGCAUGGGUGGAUCUUGCUACGCUUUCCUGUUCCAGCCAACCAUUGAUUUCAGGACUUCUGCUCAGCAAGAAAGAGAUGAGCCUAUAUGAAGAUCUGGUAGCAGCCUGGGUGCCUGCUAAGCAUGAAUGGUUGAAGAGACGCCCUUUGGGUGAAGAACUUGUCGCAACAUUGGGAAAGAAAAAGAUGUUCAGCUAUUGUGCUUAUGAUCUCCUGUUCUUGCACUUUGGAACCUCAAGUGAAGUUCUUGAACAUCUUAAUGGUACUGGUUCUGGACUUGUAGGUAGGAGGCACCUCUGUUCAAUUCCAGCCACCACAGUGUCUGACAUUGCUGCCUCAGCUAUAAUUAUAUCUAGCAAGAUAGCUCCUGGUGUCUCUAUUGGGGAGGAAUCACUUGUGUAUGAUUCCGCCAUUUCAACUAGUGUCCAAAUCGGUUCUCAGUCAGUAGUUGUUGGCAUAAAUAUUCCUGAACUUCAGCAAACCACGAGUGGGAACUUACUGAAAUUCAUGCUUCCAGAUCGCCAUUGUCUCUGGGAGGUUCCGUUGGUGGGAUGCACCGAAAGAAUCAUAGUAUAUUGUGGUCUGCAUGAUAAUCCAAAAAUUUCGCUUCCAAAUGAUGGGACUUUUUGUGGGAAACCCUGGAAAAAGAUUUUAGGUGAUUUAAGAAUUCAAGAUACUGAUCUAUGGGGCGCAAAAGAAAGCAAGGACAUGUGCUUGUGGAAUGCUAAAAUAUUUCCUGUACUUUCCUAUCCGAAGAUGCUACAAUUGGCGACAUGGCUUAUGGGUUUAGGCAAUCAACGUGAUGAAUACCUCUUAGAUUUAUGGAAAAGGUCUGACAGGAUCAGUCUAGAGGAGCUGCAUAGAUCGAUUGACUUCUCUAACAUGUGGACAGGCUCCAUUAAUCACCAAGCAGAUCUUACAGCAGGGAUUGUUACCGCUUGCCUUAAUUUUGGUUUGCUUGGUCGUAAUCUAUCUCAGUUGUGCCAAGAGAUUUUGCAAAAAGAAGCCACUGGUGUUAAAACAUGUCAAGAAUUCUUGUCGCUGUGCCCUGAUCUUCAAGCUCAAAAUCCUCAAAUUCUUCCAAAGAGCAGGGCUCACCAGGUCCACCUUGAUCUUUUGCGAGUGUGUGAUGAAAAAGAGCUGGCUGCUGAAAUGGAGCACAAAGUGUGGGCCGCUGUUGCUGAUGAAACUGCUUCAGCUGUCAGAUAUGACUUUGAAGAGCAAGAAACUAGCACAUCUAAUAGUAUUCUGGAGCAACCUUUUCACCACAAGAAGGUAAAGGUGGAGUUACCUGUUCGAGUAGAUUUUGUCGGUGGCUGGAGCGACACACCUCCAUGGAGCUUGGAGCGUUCUGGCUGUGUACUGAACAUGGCCAUUACACUAGGAGGCUCACUUCCUGUUGGUACAAUCAUAGAAACUAUGACAAGGCCCGGACUCUUGAUUAAUGAUGAUACAGGAAAUGAGUUGUACAUCGACAAUGUUACCUCCAUUGUACCUCCAUUUGACAGUAGUGAUCAUUUCCGGCUUGUCAAAUCUGCAUUGUUUGUCACUGAUGUCAAAACUAAGAUGAAUCUUCAAUCCAGAGGAUUGCAUAUAAAGACAUGGGCCAAAGUCCCUCGUGGUAGCGGCCUUGGCACUUCUAGUAUCUUAUCAGCAGCAGUUGUCAAAGCUCUUCUUCAAUUAACCAAUGGAGACGACAGUAAUGAAAAUGUCACCAGGCUCGUUCUCGUCCUGGAGCAGGUCAUGGGUACUGGAGGUGGCUGGCAGGAUCAGGUUGGUGGUCUCUACCCCGGCAUCAAAUUUACAUCGAGCGUUCCUGGAAUCCCAUUGCGGCUUCAAGUUAAUCCUCUGCUCGCUCCGCCUCAACUGAUCACGGAGUUGCGUCAACGACUUCUCGUUGUAUUUACUGGUCAGUUGCGACUUGCUCACCAAGUCCUGCAGAAGGUGGUGAUUCGCUAUCUCCAACGUGACAACCUACUCGUCUCGAGCAUCAGGCGCCUUGUCGAACUAGCUAAGGUCGGAAGGGAAGCUUUAAUGAACCAUGAUCUAGUCGAGCUGGGGGACGUAAUGCGGGAGGCGUGGCGGUUACAUCAGGAGCUCGAUCCAUACUGCAGCAACGAAUUUGUCGACGCACUGUUCGCAUUUGCUGAUCCGUAUUGCCAAGGAUGCAAGCUUGUUGGCGCUGGAGGUGGUGGAUUCGCAUUGAUGCUGGCUAAAUCUGCUGAGUCCGCAAAGAAACUGAAGCAGUUGCUUACUGAAAAUCCUGAGUUUGAUGUUCAAAUCUACGAUUGGGAAAUAUUUUUAGGUAAGUAGCUACAUCUAAUGUAAAGUGUCCAUGAAACAAUUAUUGUUUGCAUAUAAUGAUUUCUUUUUAUGAUUCUUUAUAAUAGAUACGUGCAACAUGUAUUGGUAUUUUUUCUUGAAUUUUUA